AUGGACGAAAAGGUCGCGUCGCCAGUGACCUCGAGCCACGGCUCGUCCCUCGACGAUCCCGCAGCCAAGACGGAGCAGCUCAGGCGCAUCUACCGAAAGAUUGACAUGCGGCUCGUCCCGCUCAUGUUCUUCUGCUACUUCCUGCAGUUCCUCGACAAGGUCAUCGUCAACUACGCCAACAUCAUGGGCAUCGCAAAGGACCUGCGCUUCGCCGGCAACGACUUCUCCUGGAUGGCCACGGCCUUCUUCAUCGGCUACGCCGUCGCCGAGUUCCCCCAGGGCUGCCUGAUCCAAAAGUUCCCCGUGCCCAAAGUCCUCGGCUUCAACGUCCUGCUCUGGGGCGUCAUCGUCUGCUGCACGGCCGCGACGCAGGACUUUGCGGGUGCCGCCGCCGUGCGCACGCUGCUGGGCAUGUUCGAGGCCGUCAUCACGCCUGCGCUCAUCAUGAUCACGUCGCAGUGGUACAACAAGAAGCAGGCGACCCUGCGCACGGGCGUCUGGUACUGCGGCCUGGGCGCCGGGCAGGUCCUGGGCGGGCUCAUCUCCUGGGCGGCACAGCACGGCUCGACCACUUCGUCCUUUCAGAGCUGGCGCAUCAUGUUUGUCUCCGUUGGCGUCUUCAACCUCUUCGUUGCAUUGGCCGUCCUCCUCGUCAUGCCCAGCGGCGUCCGCGAGGCGACGUUCCUGACCGAGGACGAAAAGGCGCUCAUCGAGGAAGCCUUGGCCCGAGACCAGGCCGGCGCCGGCAGGAAGGUCUUCCGCGCGUCUGGCAUCCUGGACGCCCUCAAGGAUCUCCAGGUGUGGCUGCUGUUCCUCAACACCAUCCUCAUUGUCAUCCCCUCCGGCAUCAUCACUACCUUCUCCGCCACCAUCAUCAACUCCAUCUUCCUGACGCCCAAGAAGUCGGCGCUCCUCAACAUGCCCGCCGGCGCCAUCUCCAUCUUUGCCACCCUCGCCGGCACAUACGUCAUCUACUACAACCUGCCUCGCUGGCUGAGCAUCAUCGGCCUCCUGAUCCCGACCAUUAUCGGU